AUGAGUUCAAGAAGUUCUACACAUUCAUAUGAUGCUGAAGAGGCAGAUGGUACCGCCGUGCAUUCACCAUCUCCAGUGGCCUUAGAGGAAGGAACUGGUGAUAAAACUAAAAAAGUGUUUAUAGAAAGUGAUGCCGGUGAUGGAUCCAAGAGAGAAGAUCAAUAUUUACAUGGCACCAAGCUUUUCUUGUGCUUAUUGUCAUUGUACUGUUCGCUUUUCCUUGUUGCAUUAGAUCAGACUAUUAUCGUCACGUUACUUAGUGAUGUCGGUAACAAAUUCGACGCGUUGGACCAAGUUGGUUGGUUGGCAUCAGGUUUCCUUUUAUCGUUGGCAGUCUUCGUUGCUACUUGGGGUAAGCUUUCAAUUAUCUUUGGUAGAAAGUAUGCUAUGUUCGUUGCCAUUAUCUUGUUUGAAGCUGGUUCGCUUAUGUGCGCAUUGGCUUCAAGCAUGAACAUUUUAAUCGGUGGAAGAGUCCUCGCCGGUGUCGGUGGUGGUGGAAUUCAGUCUUUGGUUUUCAUCAUUGUUGCUGAAAUUGUACCAAUUGAAAAGAGACCGUUGGCUAUGGGUCUUGUCGGUUGUGUCUUUGCCGUUGCAUCUGUUUUAGGUCCAUUAAUUGGUGGUGCCUUCACUACUCAUGUUUCCUGGAGAUGGUGUUUCUACAUUAACUUGCCAAUCGGUGCCGUAGCCUUCGUCUUUUUAAUCUGGGCUUUCAACCCACCAAAACCAGAGGGUAGCAUUAGGCAGAAAUUAAAGUUGAUCGACUACCUUGGUACUAUCUUGAUCACCAUUGCUAUUGUGUUAUUCUUGUUGGGUCUUACAUUUGGUUCAUCCCAAUACUCAUGGAAUUCCGCUGCAGUUAUCUGUUGUUUGGUAAUUGGGGUUGUAUUCAUGUUCAUUUUCGGUGCUUGGAACUUUGGUUACUCCAAGAACCCAAUCCUUCCAUGGGAAGUUGUCAGAGUGCCACAGGUGAUGGCUUCCACCGUUAUGAUCUUUUCGAUGUUUGCAUUCUUCAUGUCAUCAGCCUUAUAUUUGUCUGUCUAUUUCCAAUCUGUUUGGGGUGCAGAUGCAUGGCACUCAGGUCUCCAUUUGUUACCUAUGAUUAUUCCAGUGGUGAUUGCAUCCAUUUCAACAGGUAUUUCCAUCAAUAAGUCUAGGUACGUUAAACCAUUUGCUGUCUUUGGAGGUGCUUUGGGCCCUAUUGGGUGUGGUUUGAUUACUUUGUUAUCAACAACUUCGUCAAGCUCACAGAAGAUUGGUUUGCUUAUUAUUGUUGGUGUUUCUUGUGGUUUACAAAUGCAAUCAGCAAUCAUAUCUUCUCAGAUCUCCGCUCCAAAGACUCCAGGUGGUACUAUCAUGGCUACCACUGUCGUUAACUUUGGAAGAGGACUUGGUGGUGCAUUAGGAUCUAUCCUUUCUGAUGUUGUUUACAAUACAUCAUUCAAGAACAGAUACGAGGAACAAUAUGCUAAAUUAACCAAUCAAUCCGUAAUUGAUGAAUUGAGCUCUAUUGAUAUCAAGCAAAUCACUACAUCAUCUUCUAUCUUGAAGACUAUGAGUUCUUCUGCUAGCAUGUUCGUGAAGGAACAAAUGGUCUAUGCUAUGAGAAACGUUUUUUACAUGUGUAUUGGCUUUGCUUGUCUUGCGUUCAUUUCUUCUCUUCUCAUCACUAAUAAGAGAUUACCAGCAGUCAGUAGUGGGGCUUCCGCUGCCGCUGCUGGAGAGAAAAAGGAAGAGGAACCUGAAAAGGAACUUGAACAGGAAGGUGAAAAGGAGUCCGACUAUGCAUCUGACGAUUCGAAGAAUAAUUUACUGGAAAAAUAA